UGUAUAUUGGGAAAGUUUGUCUGGUGUCCACGUGGGCCCAGUUGGUCAUUUUUUGGCUGCACGCGUCCCCUGUGGGUGCAAUGGACUCGGCAAUUCCGGUCGUUCUUUUCGAUCUUCUUGGUGCCAUCGGAAAUCCGUUGAAGGUAACAUUUAUGACCUGUUGGGAACCGAUGGAAAAGAUUCGAUUUCACAACGUGCUCAACGAACGGUACAUAACGACUUUCGCCGAUGACCACAUCAGCCAAUUUGUAGAGGAUAUCAACGAUCAUCAAACGUUUCUGGUGGUGGAUUUGAACUGUUCCGGAUCAACAGAGUUACUCAGAUCGGCUAAGCAACUUUUGUACAUGAAGUAUCGCUGGAUGAUUUUGAAUAGUGCCUUCUUAGGUGACUGGAAUUCUUCUGUUACCAAAGAUGAACAACUCGAAUUUUACUCAACCGAACUCAAAAGCUUACCCCUUCUAGUGAGUAGUGAAAUUUUCAUAAUCAUCAAGGCAUCUCCAACGUAUUUUGAAGUUAAACAAUUGUACAAAAUCUACGAACAAGAAUCUCUUUCGGUGGAGGAUUUUGGAAUCUGGGACAGUGGAACGUUUAGAGAUGUUCGGCUUGGAAAGGUGACCUCGAUUCGGCGUUUGAAUUUGAACGGACACACCCUGAAGGCUUCGAUGGUGGUUACCGAUCCAGAGACGCUGAAUCAUCUGGAGGAUUAUAAAGAUAAACAUAUCGACACCAUCACCAAGGUCAACUUCAUCCUGACCAAUGCCCUGGUUCAGUAUAUGGGCGCAGUGGUCAAUUACUCGGUGGUAUCGACCUGGGGUUACCUGAAUACCUCCAGCGGCGAGUGGAGUGGAAUGAUCGGAGAACUCUCCAGCCGAACAGCGGAUCUCGGUGCGUCGCCUCUGUUCUUCACCACCGAUCGGAUCGCCGUGAUCGAGUACGUUGCCAUGACGUCGGCCACCCGAUCCAAGUUUAUCUUCCGAUCGCCGAAAUUGUCGUACACCGAGAACGUCUUUCUGCUGCCCUUUGAUGAUUUUGUCUGGUUAUGCAUCGUUGUGAUCAUAUUCUUGGCUUCGGGGCUGUUGGUGAUCACUGCCCUUGCCGAGUGGCGCUUUCCUCAUUCGGCGGCCGAUUCUAACGAUCCGAGUUUGCUGCAACCGAACUUCCGAGACUCGUUGAUGAUGAUCUAUGGCGCAACCUGUCAGCAAGGUUCAUCGACGGUUCCGAAGAGUAUCGCAGCUCGCUCCAUCACCUUCAUAUCGUUUGUGAUCUUGAUGUUCCUGUACGUGUGCUACUCGGCUAACAUUGUGGCCCUGCUGCAGAGUCCAUCGACGAAGAUUCAGUCCUUGGAUGAUUUGCUUAUGUCCCGGUUGAAGCUUGGUGUCCACGAUACCGUAUUCAAUCGGUAUUAUUUCACUCACACUACUGAGCGUACCAGAAAGGCGAUCUACGAACGAAAGAUCUUGCAACCGGAUGGUUCCGAGAGUUUCAUCGAGCUGGAGGAUGGCAUCGAUCGGAUUCGUCAGGGACUGUACGCGUUUCACGUGGAACAAGGUGUCGGAUACAAGGUGAUGAGCGAAACUUAUCAAGAAGAUGAAAAGUGCGGCAUUCAAGAGAUUCAGUAUCUGCAGGUGAUUGAUCCAUAUUAUGCCAUUCAGAAGAAUUCUUCCUUCAAGGAACAUGUUAAAAUUGGAUUAUUUAGGUUGAAUGAGCACGGCAUCCAGCAUCGGGAAAACACGAAUCUGUACACCAAAAAGCCCAGAUGUACCGGAGGUGGGGGGAAAUUCGUUCCGGUCAGCUUGGUCGAUAUCGAGCCGGCCCUUUUGGCUAUGGUUUGGGGUGGAGGUUUCACUGCGGCCGUUUUUGUGAUCGAGAGCAUUUGGUGGAAGGCUUGGCAGAUCUUUCAGGAUUGGAAGAGGAGCAGGGUUGUUAAGUUUGCGUGA